AAAAGACACUCCGAGCACUGACUAAGACGUCAUUCAGCUCUCACAGCUCAAGCGUACUUCUUCUAGCUCCAGCAAACUAAACCUAUCAAUACAUUCAACAUGAAAUUCUUCAUUGGAAUCCUUCUUGUUGCCCUCGUGGCUCUCGCCAACGCAGCUCCCAGCGCAGAAGAGGCAAAGCAGGAACUGAACCCGGAGAACGUGGUACCAGUGAACGAGGCAACAAGUGGCCGCAACAAACGUGGCUUCGUGUACAGCACCUAUACUGCUCCCGUUGCCGCUGCUGCCGUCCCAGUUGCUGCCACCUAUACCGCCGCUGCUCCCGUCGCCUACGCUGGUGUCCCAUACGCUUAUUCGGCUUACAGCGCUUACGCUCCUUACUAUUCCGGCGUCCCCGCUGUCUAUUACUAAAUAACACGAACGCUAUCCAAUGGUUACGUUGAAGACGAAUGUGUUGAUAAAUUUCUGUAAAUAUAUAUCAUUAGUUGUUUAACAGUUUAAAGUAUUUCACUUGAUGCAAUAAAAUCAGUUUGUUAAC